AUGGAUUCUUAUUUUCCAGCCACAGUGGAGUCAAUUAUUCUGGCAGAGGAAACCCAAGACCCAUAUGAGAAAAUAUCCAUUCUUUGUCGGGUACUUCGUGAUCCUUCUUCUACCUCGUUUACUUUGAGCAUCAAAGAGGUAGCCAUCGUACACCUCAUUGAGCAGUUCACGGAAGAGAAUAGGGCAGUGGAUCUGCGCAGCCUUCUUACUCAUUUGAGGUUCUUCUUUUCCUUGAUUCCAACGGAACAAACGGCAAAAGUUAUGAGGAGAGUAAUUGAUUCUGUUGGUGAAAUACCAGGGAGUUCUGAUCUACAAAUUACAAUCUGUAAAGAUAUGGUGCAAUGGGCUCGUGCUGAAAGGCGUAGAUUUCUGAGGCUGCGACUUGAGAGAAGACUCGCAGCACUACUUGAGGAAAAUAAGGAAUAUUCCGAAGCUUUGGCUCUCCUCAAUAGUGGCCUGAUCAAAGAGCUUACAAGAAUAGAUGACAAGAAUCUACUUGUGGAAAUACACUUGCUUGAAAGCAAGCUACACUUUUCCUUGAGAAGCCUUCCAAAGGGAAAAGCCGCCAUAAAAGCUGCAAGAACAGCUGCAGAUGCUAUUAAUGUUCCUCUAGCUCAACAAGGUGCCAUAGAUUUACAGAGUGGGAUUCUUUAUGCGGAGGAGAAGGAUUACAAUACUGCAUACAGUUAUUUCCGUGAAGCUUUUGGGCAUUUCUGUUCUAUUGCCGAGAAAGAAGACCCCAGGGUGGUACUUAGCCUGAAAUACAUGAUGUUGUGUAAGAUCAUGGUGGAUCAAGCUCAACUUGUGCCCAAACUUAUAUCAUUUGGAGCUACUUGUGUUACAACCGACUUGGCUGCCAUGAGAAUCGUAGCUGACGCUGUUUGCAGGCGAUCUCUGCAAUUAUUCCAAAUCGUUUUGCGAAAUUACAAGCCUAAGUUUGAGGGAGACGCAAAUAUCUUCAGACACCUUUCAUCCCUGGAUGGUGUUAUUCUGGAAUACAAGCUUCGCAGAUUGGUUGAACCUUUCUCAAGGGUAGAGAUUGUACACGUUUCUGAACUAAUUGGGCUUCCUGUUGAUGAUGUGGAGCGAAAGUUGUAUCAGAUGAUUUUGGACAAGAAGUUGGGCGGGAAAUUGGAUCAAUCUGGAUGCCUUGUGAUAUUUGAUGAUCCCGAAACAGAUGCCUUAUACACUUCAACCUUCCAAACCAUUUCUAAUAUUGAGAAGGUCGUGGACAGUCUUUAUGCCAGGUCUGCCAAGAUAAUUGCAUAA